AUGUCAGACAUGUCUGAUCCAGCUGUCGUAGAGGGACGGGCUCCUCGCUGUCCCGCUCGGCCCCCCCUGGCAGAGAAGGCGCUGUCCGAGGUCUUCGGGCGGCUGCGGUAUCGCGACACGUCACUGCUCAUCUGGCAGCAGCAGCAGCUGGAAGCAGCACCGCCCUCCACCUACCUGAGCCGCAGCCAAUCGGCCUGGUACAGUAACUAUGGCAACCAGGCAGUCCUGGUCCGAGACAGGAGGGGUGCGGACGAGGGGCGGUCCCGGAUCUGCAGCAUCAUGUGACGCAAACGGGAGCAGUUCAGUUUGGUCGCUAACAGUUUGUUUUUAAUUUAGAGAACUGUCCAAUCAGAGAGAAGCAUUAAGAUCCACGCCCCCGCCCCUCCCUCACCCACAGACUGCAGACAGGAAAAAAACGAACAGUAUUGUCAGCUUAGCGAGCUCCAGCGUCAGCUCUGAUGACCAGUUUAAUGGACUUCCUGCCCUACAGGGGGCGUCCUGUGUCAGUAUCCCUAACCCUAGUGUCCUCCAUUUUGAUUUGGGGAAUGAAGCCAGCAGCACCACACUGAAACCAUCACCUUCAUCCAGCAUGCCACCAAAUGACAUUGUCCUGUUUGAAACCCUUAAGUGACCAAUCAGCACGCAGUUACAGCACACUGGUGCUUUCUGGGUAAAAUCAUCGUCACUGAGAAAUUGAAGGUAACGAGUCUUCAGACGUGUUACUGAUUUAUGGAAACGACGAAUAAAAUGUUAUCUUGUGUUAGCUCUGUCAUUCUUACUCUGAAGACUGAGAGCGCCCCCUAAUGUCAGGCCUGCGAAACUGAUAUGCAAACAACGCCAAGCACAGUUCCACCAGCACAUCCGUUUUCCUGCACGAUGAAGAAAUGUUACUACAGUAAAUCAAAGAUUCUGAGCUAAUAAAUGUGUUCAGACUGUGAUGAUCAAACAUCUGCUGUAACUCAAAACCUUUUCUUUCACAUAAGGACUUUGGUGUGGUUUGAAGCAGCAGGAAAUGAAACUCAUUAAAAGUCCAGAAUUUGAUCCUCCCUUCAUUUUCCCAUUCUGACGCUCGAGCCUUAUAUUUGACACCCCAGGAUUACA